AUGGCUUCCGGACACAACUCAGCGUUCUCAGCGUCCACCCAGCACCGCGCGUUGGGUGAUGGUCGCUCCUCAUUCAGUCAGGACGGCGGCUCGGCGGACGGGAGUUGGAACGAUGGACUCUCAAGAACAGGGCGGAAUGGGCGAUCUGGAUCCGGGGGGAGCGUUACGACCGGUGCCCGAGUAGGGAGCUCGCUGGCGCCGUCCUUGGGCGGACCGGGGAGCUUCAGUGCGGAGCUCAAGAGCAUGACCUCUCGGAGCGUCACGCCGCGACCCGAUGGCACAUUUGGAAGACGAGCGAGCAGAUCGAUUGGCGAAGAUGAUAUGCCUACCACGGAAGAGCGCCAAGCCCUUAUUCGGGACAAAAUCGCGAAGGAGAUGAAGAUUAAGUCUGGGACAGAGAACAUGCUUGAGGCCCUGCUGGCAAAGCCACCGAAGCAGACCAAGGAACAACGGUUGAGGGUGGAGUCAGAGUUGAGUUCUUCCAACCGCAAGCUGGCGGAGUUGCAACAGCAGCUGGAAGAAGAGCUGUUUCGUGCGCAGGCCCCAUCCACAACUCCUCCGCGAAAUCGUCUGUCCGGUCUCUUCCGCGGUAGCCCUAUGCGCUCGCCGUCACGAAACAAUAAUGUUGUACCUGAGCCUCUGGACGAGGAUCAGCAGGAAGAUGAUGAUGGGGACAUGGAAUCGCCAACCUAUGUUCUGACGGAAACACUGCAGGCUCUGGAAAUUGAGGGCAUGUCGCCUGAUUUCUAUGUGGAACGCGCCAAUAGCUUGGUUGAGUUGUUCAAGCGGUACCCUACACUCAAGUACGACCUUGCAUGGCCUGUUUUUGGCCUGCGUGUACAAGUCAUGCUUCUCAGCGACAGCAAGGAAGAGGUGGCAGCUGGCUAUCGGUUAACUCGCUACGCAAUCGCGGAUCGAAAAUCUCUCCAAACAAUUCGAGCGUUACACACCGAUGAACUCGUGAUUCUGUCGCUUGUCAAGGAAAGCAAAGCAAGCAUCGAGCGAGAGCAGGCCCUGAAAUUUGUGCGGGCGUUCCUUGAUGUCAAGGAUGGCAUUAAGGAAAUUUCUCGCUCCAUCGUGCGCACCAUAGUUUCUGUUGCCGAGCACCAUGAAGACCGCCUACGGAGCAUAUCAAUUAUGACCUUGGCCGAGAUGUUAGUUAAGGACCCUGAGCUUGUUGCUUCAGCCGGUGGGUUUGCUGCUCUGCAUGAUGCCCUAGCCGAAGGCACAUUCGGUGCUUCCGAGAGUUUGAUUUCGAGCUUUUUGCAUGUCCUCGACACUCCACGCAGUCGGAAGUACCUCCAGGGAUGUGAAUUGGAAGCUGUUUUGGCGCCUUUCACUGAUUCCUUAGCUGACUCGCUACGCAAUGGCCGGUUAAAAUCUGCUGCGCGUGCAAUCUCCGCAAUGCUGAAAACCUGGCCUGGUCUGGUGAUUUUAGCAAGGCACGAAGCCAAGCCCCUGCAUUCUCUCCUCGAGUCACUUCACUACCCUGAUACCCAAGCUCGAGAUCUUAUUAUGGAGCUAUUGUUCGAUGCCUUGCGGAUAAAGCCGCCAUCAUGGUCGUCUUCUUUCCUUGCAGGCAGAAGACUCACGACUUAUGGCCGAGUUUCAAAUCUGCGAUCCGAUGCCGAUCCCAAAAUUCCCCGGGCAUACUCGGAUAGUGGCACCAAUAAGUUCGAUCUCACAGCACACUUCUCGACUCUCAUCCUGGCAGCCUUGAUCGCUGCCGGGUUACCCCAGGCACUUUCAGAUCUCAUUGAGGAUGAAACAGAUCCUGCUCUCCGGCGCAAAGCCACUCUUCUCCUUACCGAGGUUCUCAAAAUGGCCCAUCAUUCGUUGCCAGCAAACAUUAGUGCAGACUUGCAGGUUCUUGCACACCUCCUUCCUGCUGCCGUCCAAUUCGACAUGGAAAACCAUGAUGUCUCGACAUCGACCAUCUUCCAGAUCGAAAGCAUCAACCGUACCUUAGCCCGUUCCGGCGGAUUUCCUGGUGGAGCAGGCCGAUAUAACCUGGAGGCUGAUCUGUCAGUUUCCUUGCUACCUGGCGAACAAGGAAAAGACAAACUCAGCCCAUCUAUGGACGAGCAAACAUUUCGAAAUGCCAUUCUGGAGACCCAUGUGCUGAACACCGUCAACUACAUCAAAUGGAAAUGGGAUCUCAUCCACCGCCUUGUUGAGGGCCCUCUCACAAACCCCAAACGAAUGGACGAAGCGAUCAAAGGUUCCAAAUUCAUGAAGCGUCUCCUUGGGUUUUACCGCCCCUUUAAAUACAGAUUCGCUAUGAUUCCAAACACAAAACCGAACCAGCGAUAUGUCCGGACUGGCUGUGCCUUGAUGCGGACUCUUGUUAUGACUGCCGAAGGUACCAAGUACCUAGCCGAAAAUAAGUUCCUGCGGCAGGUUGCCGAGUGCUUGGCGCAGUUGGACCGCAUGAGCGGACUAACUUCUACCUCACCCCUCUUCUCACGAGAGCAAAUGGCCAAUACGUUGAGCGGGGGGUAUUUUGCCAUAUUGGGGACGCUGAGUGCCGAUGCAAAUGGAUUAUUCAUGAUGGAGAGAUGGCACAUGCUCAACAUGUUCUAUCACAUCAUCGAGCUGCAAGAUCGGAACGACUUAAUCCAAACCCUACUAGGAAACAUGGAUUAUGGCCGGGCAAGUCACCUUCGGGUCAUGCUUUCCAAGGCUCUGACAAUUGGAUCAAAAGACAUUCGGAUUUUUGCAACCAAGCUUCUCCGAAAAUACGCUGUUGGAGACGUCACCUUAUCGCCGCAAAUGGCUAUCGGCAAUGCAGAAUGGGUUGUUAAGCUCCUUGUGACCCAACUAUAUGAUCCCGAUGUCACCGUCUGUCAGAUUGCCGUGAAAAUUCUCGAGGAGGCUUGCAACCAGCGUGAUUAUCUCGAAUUCGUGGUCAAGUGCCGCCCUUCCCUUGAUCACCUCGGCGAGAUCGGCGCCCCGCUUCUCCUGCGCUUCCUUUCGACCUCUGUUGGCUAUCAUUAUCUGGAUGGCCUGGAUUAUAUUACUCAAGAGAUGGACGACUGGUUCCUUGGUCGAAACGACUCGUAUGUUGGCCUGGUGGAAGCCGCUCUGUCCCGUGCCUAUGUCGACCAGCCACGGCGCAGUAGCUUUGGGCCGGAAGACUUGGUUGAUUUGCAGGACGUAGGCGUUGUCCCACCUCAUUUCUACCGCGAGCUUGCUCGGACAGCCGAGGGAUGCAAGCUGCUGGAGCAAUCGGGGCACUUCAAUGAAUUUGCCUGGACGAUUCGCGACUUCCGCUUGGAGGAAGAAGACACCGAAGUGCUUCUCAAGGUCAAGGGAUGUCUUUGGGCUGUGGGUAAUGUCGGUUCAAUGGAGCUCGGGGCUCCAUUCCUGGAGCCAGAAAUCGUGCAGCGCAUCGUGGCGAUUGCUCAGAGAGCCGGUGUUUUGACUAUGAGAGGCACUGCUUUCUUCGUCUUGGGUCUCAUCUCUCGAAGCAAACAUGGUCUGAGAGUACUACGAGGUCUAGGAUGGGACUCGGCAAUCGAUCCAAAUGGCGAGUCAUUAGGAUUCUGUCUACCGACAGAAUUCCGCCAGCUGUUCUUAAUUUCCUUCCCUGGCUAUAAUGCAGAGGUGAAACGUACUCCGCAGUACAAACUGAAGGAAGCUACGACAGAUCCUGACCCGGUCAACCAAAAGAUCCUGAAGCUGAUUGUUGACAUGGGAAACACUGUUUUGUCCAAGCGGUCGGCGACGGACCUGCACAGCAUCAAAUCCAAAGAACCGGAACGGUUCCAUCAGGUCCAUCUCUUCCGCAAAGCCCUUUGCAUCCUCGAAAGCCAUCAUUUCCGAUUACCGGCCCGGCGCUUCGCUAUAGAUCUUUUUGAUAAAAGCGUGAUGCGGCGAAUUGUCUUUGAAGACGACUCCGAAUCAGACUCAGACUCGUCUAGAUAG